AAACCACAAACUUGCUGACAAGGAACCAAUUUGUUCAACAUAUUUUUCUUUCAUUGAUCAACCGAUAUGUUUAUAUCACAGAAAUGCCAAAUAUCUCAUCCCUUUCUACAUGGCGAUAGUACGCGCGUUAAUAACCCUUGCGCAAGCAACUAUUACUAUGCUCCAAGCACGGAAUGGCCUACCUUGCCUUUUUAUACGCCGAUAAAUUACCCCGCGAGUUAGCAUCAGUGGGAUGCGCCGAUGCGACUUCAUUGGACCGAUUGCCCGGAGGACUCAGAAGAUUAUUUCUACUCACAAAAUGUUCUAUGGGAACUCAUGAAAAACGACCCAUGAACAUCUUCUCUCGCGGCCCAAUAUCAUAUCGAGAUUACAUUAUUCUCACCGGGACGUGAUACAGCCAAUAUUUGAUUACCCAGCCCGCGAAAGGGACAGACCCAUAUCGACUUACGUUAUUAUUUAGCUCUGCCCUGUCCAUACCGCAGUUCUAAUACUCAACGGCCAUUAUUUAGACAAUCAUGGCGGAACCUCAAUUCGGCCCUAUAGUUCCAGAGAACCCCGCCAUCCCACCUAUACGUAAAUCACUACACGGGCAAACCAUCUCACUAGAACCCCUCACUCUAGAGCAUGCCGAUUCCCUCUUCACCUGUCUAGGCGGCACAGACAAUGGGAGCAUAUGGGACUACAUGCCCGAUGGGCCCUUCACGUCAGAAGCCGAAUUCGACAUAUUCAUAGCCAGCUUGGCCAAAUCCGAGCAGCGGGUCUUCUUCAGCGUCAUAGACCGCACCGGUCUCAAUGCCCACUACAGGGGCAAGGCAAUUGGCUUCCUGAGUCUCCUCCGCAUCGAUGUUAGUAACCGGGUGGUGGAAAUCGGCUUCGUUACCUUCGCCCGGAUGCUGCAGCGUACCACUGCUGCGACGGAGGUAUUCUACCUCAUGCUUAAAUACGUGUUUGACGAGUUACAUUUCCGCAGAUGUGAGUGGAAGUGUAAUGAUUUUAACGAGCCGUCGAAACGCGCAGCAAUACGGCUAGGGUUUGUGUUUGAGGGGGUGUUCAGGAACCACAUGAUUGUUAAAGGGCGCAAUCGCGACUCGGCGUGGUUUUCGAUUGUUGAUCAUGAGUGGGAGGGAGAGGUGAUGGUGGCCCUUGAAAAAUGGCUGAGCGCUGGCAAUUUUGACGCUGAGGGCAGGCAGAAGCAGGAUCUGGUCAGUAUUAGACAGGAGAGAUAAAGGAUUUCGAAGUUAUAAGUGUUUCUAAUGUCUGUAGGACAUCAGAAAAGGACCUGUACUUAUUUCAUUUUACUUUACAUUUUUGCCCCAGGUACUUUCCGCUAAUUCUUCAGUGGCAUGUUCACGACCCGGAAGAAAUAAUAAUAGUAGAAUAGAAUAAUAGAACUUUUAUCGGGAGUUGCGAGCUGCUAAUUCUUCUCUGACCUGCAAAUUUUGUCUCGCUAACGUGCGCAUUUCAGAUCUCAA